AGAUCAUAAACAAUAACAUUGAUCGAUUGUGAUAUCCCUUAUAGUAUUCUAUGUUAAACUUUUACCUGCAAAAAUGUUCCCAAGUAAAUAUUUUUUAUCGAUAUUUAUGAUUUUAUAUAAUUUAAAAACAGGCUAUCAACAAGGUUACAAGGAACUAUCUGGACUAGGGCCAAAUUUUUUAUUGAAAGCUAAGUUAAGUUAUAAGGGUAUACAUCAGAAUGUAGAUCAACUAAAGCCAUGGUAUUGGCUUUAUAAGAGUUGGUUGAUAGAAGAGUCAGUAUUUGGCGAUGAAAAAAACAUGAUCGUAACAUUAAUAGCCGAUGAAAAGGAAGGAACUCAAAUAAAAGUGUUUCGUGAUUUUAAAACUCAAAACAUUACAUUGGUCUGUGUUCAAAAUUUAUGUCGACGAAAUGCUGAUUUGUUGGAUAAAAUUUUAAAGGAAUUUACUGGAUCUACAGCUCAGAGUGUGAAAGCCACACUGUUGUUGGGACCUUAUCGUAUGAUAUCAUGUGAAACUAGUGAAAAUGCGGUACAUACUGGAAAUUUGACAACUUAUCGUUGUGGUACUUUGUAUUUGGAGGCAUCUUUUAAAGAUCGGACUAAAGAGUUUAUUAUACGGGAUAGUAACAUUCGAACGCUGGUGUUGAACGUGACACAAAUCGAGUCUUUAGUACAAGUCAACGUAUCAAAGUCAACAAAAGUUAUUCAGUACAAAUUGAAUGAAUCAAUCAUUGAAUACAAAAAAUCAGGAAUCGAUAAAAAACAUGGAACAACUCAGCUUUAUUUCACAUCAUUGGACUCAGUUACCUUGGUCGAGAUCAAUUACAAACGAUUCCAUGUCGAAAUGGUUUACGACCGUAAAUUUGGUUUGAAAUACAUUCCAUCUGGUCACGAUGAAUGCAUAAUUGUAUCAAGCAGCUUUGAUGAUGAAUUCAAUUACGUAGCUUCAGAAGACUAUGUAACGGAGUUUAUAAAUGAACUUUAUUUUCCUAAGAAUCCGGUUGAACCAUACAGCAAGAAACUGAGGGUUGUAGCAAAGCACAAUGUAACAAUUGGUAAUGUAAAGUAUGAUUCGGUUGUGAAAACCUAUCUAGCACCAGAUAAUGCCUCAAGAUGGAUAGUGGAAAGUGGAAGGCUCGAAGAUUUCUGUGUUCAAAUGGACCUUUAUUCGAAUUCUGUUUCAAAUGAGGUACCAUUCGAUUACGAACUCACUGAAAGAAAGGUAAUAUGCUUGCUUGAAAUUUCGCACCACUUAGACAGAGACAAGUUUCACCGCAUGAUUGAUUCAUAUAAUCAAUGCUUCAAAGACAGAAAAGACAAAGUUAUUCUCCGUUUAAAAAUUUCAUUAUCAAAUCAUUUGCUAGCAGACAAAAUUAACGAAUUGCAAGCCGAAAUCUAUCGUAUCAAAGAUGUUCUUCGAGGUUUGCUCAUUGAUAAAUUGAAUAUAUCUUAUUUGAGAAUAAACUGGAUCAAAUUUAGCUAUGAAAACUCACAAAUCAUGGCGAAGGUUGAAAUAUUAGACUCAUCUGUUAUCAUCUUUGAAACAAAGAAAGGAGUUUCGCAUAAAUUCAACGUCAAAUCAACUGGCUCUGGUCAAACUCAUACAUCAACCAUUGAUGAAUGUAUACAUGUACAAGCUUCUAAAGUCAAUCUAAGUUAUGUUAUAACUUGUAAGACUGGAGAUUAUUUAUGCCUUGGAAUUGCUCAUGGAGACUCAUUGCCUGAUGAAAAUGAAAAUGGAUUAAACUGUAUGUUGUACAACAAUUCAGAUCUUAGUUCGACUAAACUAUUGGCAGGAGUUCCUUUGGAAGUGAUUAAAAAAUCUUAUUUCAAUUUGAAUGGAAGUCAAUUCAACUAUUCUGAUAUUGAAUUUGCUGUUGUUGAUGUUACGAUUGGAGAUGGUAUACGCCUUGAUAGUCCAGAAAAGGCGAAAUCAAGCUCAAAUUUCACACUUUUAUUAGUAUUUUCUAUAUCGAUCAAUAUUGUGAUAUUUGUCAAGUUUGCAUUUAGCUAUAAACUGUAUCAAUUCCGAACUCAUUCUCUUCGUGAUUAUGUUUCGCUUAAAUUAUUCAAAUCAAGCAUCUGAUUUUUAAAAAUAUUGCAAGAACCAUAAAAUUCAUGCACAAAAAUGUUUCCAAUCUGUUAACUCAAAUUUUCGCUCUAAUAAAAGGAUAUUUUUGAAAAAAUUGUUCAAAUUAUUCAAUUCAAUCAAAAUACUUUGCAGC